AUGGGGUGGCGGGGGCCGGGCCCAGGCCUGGUGACGGUGGCGGCCUCUCUGAUCCUGUCGGUGCUGCUGGCACGCUCGGAGGCGGUGGUGCGGGCCGUGCUGCGUGGCAACUCCAGCUCGGUGGACUUUGCGGACCUGCCGGCCCUGUUCGGGGUCCCCCUGUCCCCCGAAGGCGUGCGCGGCUACCUGGUGGAGGCCAGGCCGGCCAACGCGUGCCAGCCGAUCGAGGGCCCGCGGCUGGGCAACGGCUCCCUGGGGGCCAUCGCGCUCAUCCGGCGCUACGACUGCGCCUUCGACCUCAAGGUGCUGCACGCGCAGCGGGCCGGCUUCGAGGCGGCCAUCGUGCACAACGUGCGCUCCGACGGCCUGGUGCGCAUGGCGCACGGAUACGACGACCUGAGGCACCACAUCGCCAUCCCUGCCGUGUUCGUGGGCGAGGCCGCGUCGCAGGACCUGAGGGUCAUUGUGCGCUGUGACAAGUCGGCCCACGUGCUGCUGCUGCCCGACGCCCCGCCCUGCCCAGACCUGGACUGUCACCCGGUGCUGGCCGCCGCCUGGGUGCUCGGCCGCGCGCUGGCUCUGCUGGCGUCCACCCUGAUGGUCCUGCGACGCCUGUGGCUCUGGGCCCGAGCCUGGUCCAGCCGCACGGCCGCCACCAAGACGCAGCCCGGCCAGAAGGCCCAGGUGCGCACCUUCACGCGACACAGCGACCUGUGCGCCAUCUGCCUGGACGAGUACGAGGAGGGGGACCGGCUGAAGAUCCUGCCCUGCUCCCACACCUACCACUGCAGGUGCAUCGACCCCUGGUUCUCGCUGGCCGCCCAGCGCGCCUGCCCCAUGUGCAAGCAGUCGGUGGCCAGCACGCGGGGCAGCUCCGACUCCGUCACCGAGAGCUGCGGGGACGAGGACCCGUCCCUGCCGGGGCACCCGCCCCCCAUCUGGGCCAUCCAGGCUCGGCUGCGCUCCAGGAGGCUGGAGCUACUGGCCAGAGCUGGGCCCCGGCCCAACUGCAGCACCACGUCCCUAGGGGCGGCUGAGAACGUGUUGUCCUCCUCCUCCGAUGGGUCCCCCGGGCCCUCCUGA